AUUCAUAAACUAGUGUAACUAUCGUAUUUUUGUUGAGACAGUCGCGUUUCAAAUCAAGAUAACACUUGUUAGUUCGCUUGUUCCUGAACUGGUAAUGGAAGGGCCAAACGAAAUUUGAACAUUCCAAGUUUUGUAAAUAAGCGCCUGUUACUUUGUUGAGUUAAGUGGAAAUUAAGAAGUUUUGAAAAGAGAGGACAAAUUGAAGGAAUGGAACCCAGCCUCUCCAAAGAAAAUUUUCAAUGGUUUUCAGAUGUCGUACUAAGUGAUGAGCAUUUUUGUUUUCAAUGCAAACACUUGCCUACGGGGGACUUUUCCUUGCUCUGAGUUCUAUAGCGAAACACUUUGAAGCAUUGAUGUGUAAACGUGAUGAUCUAAAAACUGUCCAAUUUUUCAACCCAACUUCUGAGCCUAAAUUGUUACAUCUCUCAUCGCAAUGAGAGAUUUGCCUGUUAAAUUCCACAUUUUGAGCAACCCCAUGUUUUGAGGAAGAUCAUCUUCUAUCAAACCAAGUAGAAAAGGAGACUCUCCGUUCUAUUUCGCCCGACAGAGGGCGCACCAGUUACCGUUUUUUUUCUGUUGCUUACCUUUGAAAUGCUUGAAAUACAGAACGCUUGUACUAAGCAUUUUCCACAUCUCCUGACUUCAAAUAGUGUUGUUCCCAUGAUCCCUCUAAAACAAUAAUAAUGAUGCUGGAAGUGAAUAAAACAAAUCGAUUGAAGUUAACCAACAUUAUAAGUGCCACGUGUUUGGCAUUCUGUGCGUAUUAUUAUAGUCAAGCGGUCACUGUCAGACAAGCCCUCUCGCGUGUGGGACAUGAACUUAACAUCACGGGUCGGGGCAAUCCGGACAUGCUCAUAUUCAAUCGUGUGCCCAAAGUGGGAAGUCAGACCAUCAUGAACUUGAUCGGAUAUUUGCGAGCAGCCAAUGAUUUCGACGCAUUCACGUCGUUGGAUAAUAUGCCCGAAUAUUCGAAAGACUCCGAAACUGUGUUCUUACCAGAUGCACCCAUGAGACAGUUGACUGUGGAUUCUCUAAUGAAGACCCAAAACAAAGGCAAAUCAUUCGCGUUUCUGAAGCAUCAGAACUUCUUGAACUUUUCCGAGUUUAACGAAUCCCCGCCCAUUUACAUGAACUUUGUUCGCCACCCGGUAGAACGGGUGAUAUCUUGGUACUACUACGUCCGGGCUCCUUGGUAUCAGAUCGAGCAUGACAAGUUCAACCAAACCUCACUCAGGAUGUCACUCUCCAUUCGGGAGUUGAAGACUUCAUUAGAGGAUUGUCUCAAAAUGAACCGGCGAGGUUGCAUUUUUGAAAAAGGUAUGCUCCUUCACUCCGGGGCACACGCCAUGUCCCAUGUCAGUCAAAUGUCCUUUUUCUGCGGGCAUGAUCGGAUUUGCAAUCAGUGGGAACAACCAGAGCUGCACCGUAGAGCCAAAGAGAAUGUGGAAAAAUAUUUCGCCGUGGUGGGAGUCCUGGAAGAUUGGGAAAUCUCUUUGGAGGUCCUGGAGCAAUACAUUCCUCGCUUUUUCGCUCAAGCCAGAAAAGUGGCCCAAGAUAACCCGGACAUCAAACAUGUGAACAAAAACAUCUACAAACCCAAAGUAUCUACCGCAAUUCGGCAUUGGCUGGCUGCCAAAAUGCCUUUGGAAAUCGACUUUUUCCACUUCUGCCGACAACGCUUAUACCAACAGUAUCUCGCUCAUCCUUAA